GUUUUUUGUUGACCUUAUCUCAUGAGCCAACAUGGCUGCCACAUAGACUCAGCUGUCAGAUUAAUGAAUCUUGUCGAGUUUACUUUUAAAGACGGUGUUUGUAGUUACGCUUCCUGUUAAUUGCCGGUUAGUUCUAAAACGAUGUGGUCGCCGCUCCGUAUAGUCCGUUUUAAAGGACAGACUCCUAGCAUGAGGCGGCACGCGGCUGCCCUGCUAAAGGGGUGCAGAGAUGCUAACGUUUCUAACUUCAGUCAUUCAGCUGGACGCUCCACCAAGACCUGUCGGGCUCUGGUUUACACUAACCACGGAGACCCUUCAAAAGUGCUUCAGUUGAAGAAUGUAGACCUUCCACCAACUGGAGAAAAGGAUGUUCUUAUCAAACUUUUGGCAGCUCCAAUCAACCCAUCUGACAUAAACAUGAUUCAGGGUACCUACGCGAUCCUGCCAGAUCUCCCUUCUAUUGGUGGGAAUGAGGGUGUGGGUGCGAUCAUAGAGACGGGCAAGAAGGUGAAAACUCUCAAAGUAGGAGACUGGGUCAUUCCAAGAGAUGCUGGUCUUGGAACGUGGAGGACAGAGGCAGUGUUUGCUGAGGAGGAUGUCAUCUCCGUUCCAAACGAUAUUCCCUUGCUUUCUGCUGCAACACUGGGGGUGAAUCCCUGCACUGCCUUCCGCAUGCUGGUUGACUUUGAAGAUCUCAUGCCAGGUGAUUCAAUAAUCCAGAAUGCAGCCAACAGCGGAGUUGGGCAGGCUGUCAUUCAAAUAGCUGCUGCAAGGGGAAUAAACACCAUAAACGUUGUUAGAGACAGACCAGAGUUCGCCCAGCUCUGUGAAAGACUGAAAGCCAUUGGAGCGACACACGUGAUCAAAGAAGAGGCCCUGCGACGGCCUGAGAUUAAGGAAGUGUUCAAGUCAUGUCCAAAGCCAAAACUGGCAUUAAAUGGUGUUGGAGGCAGAAGUGCCACGGAACUCCUUCGACACUUACAGACUGGAGGAUCAAUGGUGACUUAUGGUGGCAUGUCAAAACAGCCGGUUACUGUGCCUGUGAGUGCACUCAUUUUUAAAGAUGUGAAAGUUCGAGGUUUUUGGGUCACUCAGUGGAAAAGAGACCACGCCUCUGAUGGAAGCUUGUUUGGAGUCAUGCUGGAUGAACUGUGUUCCCUCAUCCGGCAGGGAAAGCUAAGAGCUCCUGCCUGCAAUCAGGUGGCUCUCCAAGACUUUCACCAAGCUCUGGACGCAUCUAUGCAACCUUUUAUUUCCAGUAAACAGGUUUUACUCUUCUGAGCUUGGUGGUUUUAAUAAACUCAUCCCACACUG